GAUGAGUUCAUGUUUGUGUCGAAAAUAAAUAUCUAGAAUGUUAACUAGAUUAUUUUGCGCGUUAUUAUCAUAAGUAAUUAUUUAUGGGUUUUUAAAAAAUAAGCCGGAUGUAAAUGUACGCAACCCUUGGGAACCUUUGUAAAGAUGGAAAAAUAAAAAAUAUGAGAAGAAUGCAAAAAGAAUAGUGUGUUAUUUUAUCCAUAGUUAAUAAUUUGCUCAUCAUUUCUUUUAAUUCGCUAAAUAAUUGUUUUUUUAUUUUGCGCUCCAUGUGAAAAAGUCAUCCACGUGAGUCUAGAAAAAUGUUGUGAAAAAAGAUUAAAUGUGAAAUCAUUUUAGCAUCAAUGACGAUUUGGCGUCUAUAAUGUCUAUUAAAGCUUUGGUACAAAUAGCGAUUGUUAGUGAGAGACGCUGAAAACGCGACAGGAACUAUUAGCAAGCGUUUUGGAAAAAAUUACAGAGAAAAUGAUUAUAUGGAUAUUCUUAAUAUUCUUGCAUUUUCAAGUCUACUCUAUGCCUAUUUCAGAAGUUAACUUGUCUUUACCAGACUGCAAUACUACCGGGCCACUUGAUAUUAAUGUACCAGAAAUUCUCGAAAGCACAAAAGAAAUUGAGUUUGUGGAGGCUACAUUUUUACUAAAUUCACCAGUUGUAUACUACUUGGUGAAGUUUUGUAAACGAGACCAUUUAUGCUUUGUGACAACCAUUGAAAAGAAAGUGGUGGAUUUGGAAAGUAAAAACAUGAUUAAUGACAUUAACCUUUGGAUUAAACUUAUCGGUGUUAUCAAGGGCUAUGUAGAAAUCGAACCAUACAUUAAAUUAAUUUACGAAAACCAACAUGACAGCGACUUUUUUGAAUGUAAAAAUGGUCGUAACUAUAAAAUAUCUGGAGCAAUUAGUGAAGAAGAUAAGCAAAAGAUUAAAAAUGUAAAAAAGAACUUUAAACCAAAGUGUAUUAACGAUGAAAAAUGUACAAGACAUUGUUUACAUUAUGCAAACGAUUCAUUAGUAUGUUCUGAGAUGAAGCUAACGUGUAGUUUUAAUACAACCUGCUUUAAAAUGGAAACACACGAGUAGGAAAUCCAAGAUAUCUAAAAAAUAAAUACAAGAAAUUACUGAUAUUUAGGAAAACUAUCCUGUUGGAUCCGCCAAGAAAAGAUACGGUGUAAAAAUUUCUGAUGAUAGAAAAAACCAUUGAUCUACAGAAUGCUCUCAGGAAACCUUUGAUCUUAAGGAAAAUCAAAACUGAUCUCAGACAUAAAUUUAAAAAAAUAUUUUCAAAAAAGCUCUAAAAUACCAGAGGGUUUUGUCAAUUACAACGUCACUCUUUGAUAACAAAUAUAUGAACAAACUAAAAUUUUUUCAUAUCAAUAAUAGUUAUCAGUCUUACUGUUUACUUACAAAAAAAAUUUUUUUAAUAUAAACAGUAGUUAUCAGUUUUUUUUCUAAAUUUUUUUUUUAUAUGUUAAUAUUUUUUUAUUACUUUCAUAUCGCUGAAGUUGAGUUUAAAACUUUGUUUGAUAUCUUUUAAAGUAUAAGCUACAGUGCGACACCGCAUUUUAUUUUCUGACAUAAUGAGUCUU